AUGGGCGAAGAGAGAAGAAGAAGAAAUUCUUCUUCCGAAGGAGAUGAAGGAGAGAAUUCAGAGAGAAAGGCAGGAGGAUGGAAAGCCAUUGUAUAUAUUUUGGGAAAUGAAUCAUUUGAGAAGUUGGCAUCUAUGAGUUUGGUUGCCAACAUAACAGUCUACCUCAGAUCAAAAUACAAUAUGGAUGGAAUUCAGCUGGUUAAUGUAGUGAACAUUUGGUCAGGUUCAUCCAAUUUCACCACUUUGGCUGGUGCUUUCUUCUCAGAUGCUUAUCUGGGAAGGUUUCUCACCCUCCUAAUUGGUUCAAUUGCCUCCAUGUUGGGAAUGGGAGUGAUGACAUUAACAGCAGGCAUACCGCGUCUUAGACCUCCACCUUGCAGUACUGAUGCCCACUUAAAUUGUGAAUCGGCUCAACCAUGGCAGCUUGCAUUUCUCUACUCUGCUUUGGCCCUGCUAGCAAUCGGCUCGGGGGGAAUUAGACCUUGUAAUAUCGCCUUUGGUGCAGAUCAGUUCGACACAAACACAUCCAAAGGAAGGUCUCAGCUCAAGAGCUUCUUCAACUGGUGGUAUUUCUCCUUCACAGUAGCACUACUUAUCGCGCUCUCAAUCGUUGUCUACAUCCAAACCAACGUCAGCUGGCUUCUUGGAUUCGCAAUCCCAACCGUUUGCUUCUUCUUCUCAAUAUCCAUCUUCUUGAUUGGAAGACACGUUUAUGUCUACAAGGAGCCUCAAGGAAGUAUGUUUCUGGAUAUUAUUAAGGUCAUCAAUGCUGCCUUCAGGAAGAGGAAGAUAGACCUAGGGACGUUAUUGCCUGAUGAUCUCUAUGAUCCAGAAGUUAAGGAGUCCGAUAGAAGAUACAACGACAUUCCGAGAACCACUAGGUUUAAAUUCUUAGAGAAAGCAGCCGCUAUUGUUGAUAGAAGUCACGAGCUUGAUGAGUCUGGCGCCAUCUCAACAAACACUUGGCGGCUAUGCAGUAUCCAGCAAGUGGAGAGGCUGAAAUGCUUGGUGGGAAUAAUCCCCGUGUGGUUCACAGGAAUCGCCUGUUUCAUCUCCAUGGAUCAAAUGAACACACUCGGAAUAUCGCAGGCAAUGCAAACAAACACAAAAGUCAAGCAGUUUCAAAUCCCACCGUCAUGGAUCGGGCUAAGUUCCAUGAUCGCUCUUUCUCUUUGGAUCUUCAUCUACGAGUGCAUAGUAGUCCCCGUUCUAAGAAAAACAAAAGCCAGUAGUAAGGAUGACGACGUGAGGCUAACUACGAAAACGAAGAUCCAAAUAGGCAUCGUCAUGUCAAUCCUCUGCAUGUUAGUCGCCGGAAUCACGGAACGGAAACGUCGGCAAUCGGCCAUAAACAACGGUACGUUUGCGUCGCCAAUUAGCGUCGCCAUCCUACUGCCGCAAUUCGUCCUCUCAGGUCUGACAGAAGCAUUUUCAGCCGUCGCUAUAAUGGAAUUCCUCAACAACCAAUUCCCGGAGAGCAUGAGAAGCGUCGGUGGAUCUCUAUUCUUCCUUAGCUUGUCAGCCUCGAGUUAUUUAGACACAAUUCUUGCAAACGUGGUAUACUCAAUAACGAAAAAGAACGGGAAUUCGCCAUGGUUGGGUGGUCACGAUCUCAAUGCCGACAGGCUCGAGAACUUCUACUUCAUGAUCGCCGGAAUAGGAGUAGUAAACUUCUUUUACUUUCAUUUCUUCUCAUGCCAUUACAUUUUCUCCCCUUUGGUUAGAACAGAUGAAUCGGAGGAGGAAUUGAAAAACAGGACAACUCCACAUCUUCAAUUUUAG